AUGUUGAGAAGCAUAGUGAAACCGCAUAUACUGCUUUUGCCUCGUGGUAGUCUCUUUGGUUUUAAAGUGGCAAGCACGCAGGUUCGUUUUAACUCAAGCUUGGAUGAGUUGAAGAAAGUGGUCAAACAAGGUGGAACAAAGGAAAAUGAGGACCAAAAGUUCAGUGCCAUAAGCACCAUAGAUAGUUUGUUGAAAGAGGGAGCGGGUGAUGGGUUCGGUAGCGGUAGCGGAAGUGGAAACAGCUCUAAUAAUGGGAGCGAAUAUAUGUUUGGUAAUUCAGUUCCUCACCCAAGAGAUGUAGCUAGUGGGAUUCGUCUUCAAGGUCCAAUUGCUGGAAGGACAAUAGAUGUACAAUAUGGUAAUUUGGGAAGGGCCAUAAGUGGGGUACUGACUGUUAUAAGAUCCAACAGAAUUAGAUACUUCAAGAAAGUACAAACUAGAUAUAUACGUCCAGCUAAGUACCAAAAGCAAAGAAGAAGAGAAUGGUGGAGAAAGACGUUUUCUCACGGGUUCAAAGAGCUUAUGUCACAAGUCAGAGAUGCAAAAAGAAGAGGUUAUUAG